AUGCCCGGCAAUCUAGCGGCCUAUUCGACUGAGAUACCACUGCUGAAUUCAGCUGUAUACAAGAAAAUGCCCGAGUUGUUCCGUAGUGGUAAAGGGAUGGCCUACGGCACGUAUCCAGGCUUCAACUCGUUCAUGGAGGAACUGGCCAUCGCUAAACACAACUCGAGCUUAUUGGGCUUCAUUAAGCGAAACCCGGUGCUUCACGAGAAACUGCAGGAAGGUGGCAUGCGUGUCCUCGACCUUGGUUGUGGGUCAGGUGUGGCAACCCGUUUAAUGGCGCGCGAGUAUCCAAAGUCGCAAUUCGUGGGAAUCGAUAUCGAUGAAACCGCUAUCAACGUGGCUAGUAAAGCCGUAGGAGAACUGUCAAAUAUCGAGUUCGUUAUGAAAGACGCGGUGGAUCUCACCGACGGGGAAUUGGGGGAUUUCGAUUACGCCACGGCAUUCGAUGCAGUGCACGAUCUGAAUCACCCGGAAGAGGUUGUCAAAGGCGUCGUCAGCGUGCUCACGAAACGCAAGGGCACAUUUUCCGCUGUCGAUGUUCAGGCCCAAUCCGAUAUCCGAGGAAAUGUGGGAUCCACGAUGAGCGGGUUUGCAUACGCCGUUUCAUUGUUCUAUUGUAUGCCCGUAGGGUUGGGUGUGGAUGGGAAGGGUAAAGGCUUUGGGAUGAUGUGGGGCCAAGACAAGGCGUUGAAGCUGUUUAGAGAGUGUGGAUUUAAAGACGUCCAAGUGAAAGAGAUAGAAGACGAUCCCUUCAAUGUGGAAUAUAGGUGCCAAGUAGAGCCCGAGGCAGCAACAGAUUUCAGAUAA